AUGGAAAACAAGCCAGGAUGGAGGGCCAUUUCUUACAUCUUAGGAUAUCAAAUAGUUCAGAGGAUUGCAACAUUAGGUAUGAUGGGAAAUCUCAUGGUGUAUUUGUUGCAAUUUUUCAACUUGGGUCAGGUUGCUGCUGCAAAUGUUCUUGCCAUAGUGGCAGGAGCUAGCAAUUUAAUAGCUGUUAUUGGUGCCUGUGUUGCUGAUGCUUAUCUAGGGAAAUUCAAAACCAUUGCUAUUUCAUCAUUUGGAGUACUUGUGGGAAUGGUGAUACUAACACUAACAGCUCUGCCACAACUUCAUCCUCCAAGUUGCAUUUCAACGGAGCACUGUGUUCCUCCAACGAGUUUUCAACUUGGGUUCUUGAUUUUAGGCAAUGGUUUGCUGGCUCUGGGCACAGGGGCGAUGGGACCAUGCGCUAUUCCCUUUGCGUUUGAUCAGUUUGAUUCAACUUGCUCUGACGGAAGGAAAGGAAUGAGCAGAUUCUUUAAUUGGUACUUCACUUCACUGACAGUUAUCCAGUUAAACAGUCUGACAGCAGUAGUUUACCUCGAGAACAAAAGCUGGAUCUUGAGUUUUGGAAUGUUAACUCUUCUCAUGUUAUUCUCAAUUAUCAUACUUUUUGUUGGAGCUAGCGUUUAUGUUUAUAUUCCACCAGAGGGGAGCAUAUUUUCUGGUAUUGCUCAGGUGUUUGUUGCAGCUUAUAAGAAGCGUCACCUCAAAAUUCCAGUAAUAGAAGAUGAGCUUCUUUACUAUGAUCCCCCGGUGGAUGCAAAAACACUGCUGAAGAUGCCCUCAACCCAACAACUCACGUGCUUAAACAAAGCUGCCCUGAUAGGAGACAACGAACUUGACGCAAGAGGUAGUGUAAAAAAUCCAUGGAGGCUUUGCAGCAUUCAGCAAGUGGAAGAAGUCAAAUGUUUGAUAAAAAUGCUUCCAAUCUGGGCUUCUGGUAUUCUUUGCUUGAUUCCCGUAAUACAACAAGGCACCUUCCCAGUAUCGCAGGCCUUGAAAAUGGACCGUCAUCUUGGAGCAAACUUCACACUUCCACCUGCAACCUACAACGUGGUGUCUCUGGUCACCGUUAUCAUAUUCCUUCCAUGCUUUGACCUCUUUCUGCAACCAGCAUUAGCAAAAGUGACCAAAAACGAGGAGGGUCUGACGAGCCUUCAGAAGAUAGUGAUCGGUGAUAUAUGCUCGGUUCUCACAAUGCUGUGUGCUGGCUUCGUGGAGUGGCGAAGAAGGGGUGUGGCAAUCUCACAUGGUGCACCUGAUGGGGUUGCCCCCAUGAGUGCAAUGUGGCUGGCACCACAAUUUGUGUUCUUGGGAUUCUGUGAGAUACUUACCGUUGUCGGACACACUCAGUUCUACAGCACUGAGUCACCAGAGAAUAUGAAAAGCAUAGGAAAUUCGUUGCAGUAUCUUGUGAUGGCAUUUUCAAUUUACGUUGGCACGUUGGUGGUGAAUGUGGUGAACAAAGUAACUCGAAAACAUGGUGGAAUUGAUUGGCUCAACGAUGACAUCAACGCUGGCAGAUUGGACUAUUAUUACUUCCUCCUAGCAGGAUUUGCUGCUAUAAAUCUUGUCUACAUCUUGUUAUGUGUUAAAUGCCACCAUUACAAGGUGGUCAUUAAUAACAAUCGAUUUGAAUAA